AAUAUCGUUAAUCCACUAGUGUCGAACGAAUACUACCGUGUAUAAUAAUUGAUUAUAAUUAUUUUUUUAUUUUUUGAUUUUACGAGCGAAUAAUUUUCAAUAACGUUUCUUGUGUGAGCAUGUUGGAUAACCAGAUUAAGGAGAAGAGCACGAUAAAUGUGAUUGGUGGCGGCGACAAACCGGAGGUGUGGAAGGUCGAGCCCUCGGAGACAGCGAAGAACUGCCGGAAUUUUAUCAGGGAAAUCGUCGACAAUUUAGAUCUACAGCCUAAUCCCGAAAAACCUGUCAUCGCACUUUCCAUCGGCGAUCCGACCGUUUAUGGAAACUUGCUUCCGUCCCAUGAGACAACAAAAGCGGUGAUCGACAUCGUCGAAGAGGGCUCCUGCAAUGGGUACGCACCGAGCGUCGGCUACGAAAACGCCAGAGCGGCGGUAGCCGAGUACUUGACCCAUGACGGCGUCCAGGUCUCGUACCAGGAUGUAAUCCUGUGCAGUGGUUGCUCGUCCUCCCUCGAGCUGUGCAUCACAGCUCUGUGCUGCAGCAAGAGGAACCACAACAUCCUGAUCCCCCGACCCGGCUUCCCGAUCUAUCGUACAUUGGCCGAGUCUAUAGGCGUGCAGGUCCGGUACUACAACUUGUUGCCGGAGAAGGACUGGGAGGCCGACCUGUACCACCUGGAGGAGCAGAUCGACCAGCACACGGCCGCAAUAGUCGUCAACAACCCUUCGAACCCGUGCGGGUCGGUUUUCUCGCAGGAACACUUGAGGAACAUCCUGGAGAUUGCGCACCGCAGAAGGAUACCGGUUAUAGCCGACGAAAUCUACGAACAGCUCGUCUUCCCCGGCAAACGCUUCGUCUCGUGCGCCUCCUUGAACUCGCACGUGCCGAUCUUGAUAUGCGGUGGCUUGGCCAAAAGGUUCCUGGUGCCAGGAUGGAGGAUGGGUUGGAUCGUGGUUCACGAUGAAAUUGGGGCGUUCGAUAAGGUGCGCAAGGCGCUGGUCAGUCUCAGUCAAAGGACGAUUGGCAGCAACACCCUGAUACAGGGGGCUUUACCCUCAAUUCUGCGCAACACUCCUCAAAGUUACCACGACCAGUUAAUAGUCGUUUUGAGACGUCACGCUCAACUUGCCUACGACGCCUUGAAGGGCGCCAAAGGUUUGUCACCAUUCAUGCCUGAUGGUACCAUGUACAUGGUCGUCGAGGUGCAAAUGAACAAGUUCCCCAUGUUUGAGGACGGGCUGCAGUUCGUACAAAGGUUGAUGGCUGAGGAAUCCGUCUUUUGCCUUCCUGGUGAUUGUUUCCAAUUUCCGGGAUUCAUGAGGAUCGUCCUGACUGUCCCGGAGGAUCUGCUGUUGGAGGCCUGCGGCAGGAUUUCGGAAUUCUGCAACCGUCACUACACUUAAAACGCUUUUAUUGAUGAGAGGCUAAUCACGUAAAACUACCUCAGUGUUUUUUAUUAGAAACAAGGUGAUUUGUACUGUAAUAAAAUGUUAUAAACGA